AUGGAAGGAAAAUCCGGAGCCACCCCUGAGCGUUCACGUGGCAAGUCUUCCGACAGCUCAAGAUCGUUUGUUGAAAAAAUCGCUGCAAUACCAGUCCUCGUUCGGUUCACCAUUCUAGUUUACAUAUUCUUCUUCAUCUUUACUGCACUUAUCGUUCCGCUAUUCUGCAGACCCGAUAUGAUGAAGUACUGUGAGAGCGGCAUUUCAGUACGAGAACAAUUCAUCCUUCUGUAUCAUAUAAACGCUCUGCGCAUGGAUGUCGCCUCUGGAAAACAGAAGACUGGAUCCGGACAACAGCCACAUUUGCCUUCAGCAGCAGCUAUGUACAAACUGCAAUGGAGCUGUGUUCUGCAAGAGGAAGCUUACACGCACGCUUCUAAAUCGAAAAUUGACGAAACAAAACCUGCUAAAAAUGUAUAUGAAUACGUAGAAAUUUCCAAAUCGUCAUUAUGGCAAGUUAGUGAGAACGCAGUCGCGGAUGUGCGAAGCAAGUUAAUGGUGCUGACAAAUCUCCAGAUGAACGAAAAACAGCUUCUAAUCGACACAUCUACUCACAUUGGAUGCGCUCUAAUCAAACAAGCAGGAGUUCAAAAGCUUACUUGUGUACUUGAAAGCAUGGUUGGAGCUAAUAAAACAGGAGAUGAAGCCUAUGUGGUUGGUCCAGCAGGUUCAAAAUGUCCCUAUAGGUCACUGGAACCCGGCAUGCCAUUGUGCAUUUAUGUGGCACAUAAACAAAAGCCAAAAGAAUAA